CGCCUCCCGAUUUGCCCUUCCGCCCCUGCCUCCUCGGUGUCGAGGCGAGCGGAAGGUGCGCCCGAGCCGAGGCCCGCGACGCAGCCGGAGGGAGCAGCGGCGGUCCGGGUCGCCGGCGCGGGCCAUGUCGCUGUGGGGGGAUCCGCUGCAGGCCGCGCCGCCCCCGCCCUCGCAGCCGCCUCCGGCCGCGCCCUCGGGACCGCCGCUCGCCCCUCCGGCCGGCGCGACCCUCAAUCGCCUGCGGGAGCCGCUGCUGCGGAGGCUCAGCGAGAGCUUGGACCGGGCGCCCGAGGGCCGGGGCUGGAGGAGGCUGGCCGAGGUGGCGGGGAGUCGGGGGCGCCUCCGGCUCAGUUGUCUGGACGUGGAGCAGUGUUCUCUUAAGGUAUUGGAGCCCGAAGGAAGCCCAAGCCUAUGUUUACUGAAGCUAAUGGGUGAAAAAGGUUGUACAGUCACAGAACUGAGCGACUUCCUGCAGGCUAUGGAACACACUGAAGUUCUUCAGCUUCUCAGUCCUCCAGGAAUAAAGAUCAUUGUAAACCCAGAAUCAAAGGCAGUCUUGGCUGGACAAUUUGUGAAACUCACUUGCCGGGCAACUGGACAUCCUUUUGUACAAUAUCAAUGGUUCAAAAUGAAUAAAGAGAUUCCAUAUGGGAAUGCAUCAGAACUUAUUUUUAACACAGUGCAUGUAAAAGAUGCAGGCUUUUAUGUCUGUCGAGUUAAUAAUAAUUUCACCUUUGAAUUCAGCCAGUGGUCACAGCUGGAUGUUUGCGAUGUCACAGAAGUAGCAGAAAGCUUCCAAAGAAGUUUGGAUGGCAUCUCCGAAUCCAAGUUGCAAAUCUGUGUUGAACCAAGGGCCCAAAAGUUGUUGCCAGGCAGCACGUUGGUUUUACAGUGUUUUGCUAUUGGAAGCCCUAUUCCUCACUACCAGUGGUUCAAAAAUGAAUUACCAUUAGCACAUGAGACAAAAAAGCUAUACAUGGUGCCUUAUGUGGAUUUGGAACAUCAAGGAACCUAUUGGUGUCAUGUAUAUAAUGAUCGAGAGAGUCAAGACAGCAAGAAGGUAGAAGUCAUCAUAGGAAGAACAGAUGAGGCAGUGGAGUGCACUGAAGAUGAAUUAAAUAAUCUGGGGCAUCCUGAUAAUAAAGAGCAAAUAACUGACCAACCAUCAGCAAAGGACAAGGUUGCUCUUUUGAUAGGAAAUAUGAAUUACUGGGAGCACCCGAAGCUCAAAGCUCCUUUGGUGGAUGUAUAUGAAUUGACCAACAUAUUAAGACAGCUAGAUUUCAAAGUUGUCUCCCUGUUGGAUCUUACUGAAUAUGAGAUGCGUAAUGCCGUGGAUGAAUUUUUACUACUUCUAGACAAAGGAGUAUAUGGGUUAUUGUAUUAUGCAGGACAUGGUUAUGAAAACUUUGGGAACAGCUUUAUGGUCCCUGUUGAUGCCCCCAAUCCAUAUAGGUCUGAAAAUUGUCUGUGUGUACAGAAUAUACUGAAAUUGAUGCAGGAAAAAGAAACAGGACUCAAUGUGUUCUUGUUGGAUAUGUGUAGGAAAAGAAAUGACUACGAUGAUACCAUUCCGAUCUUGGAUGCACUAAAAGUCACUGCCAAUAUUGUGUUCGGAUAUGCCACGUGUCAAGGAGCAGAAGCUUUUGAAAUCCAGCAUUCUGGACUGGCAAAUGGAAUCUUCAUGAAAUUUUUAAAAGAUAGAUUAUUAGAAGACAAGAAAAUAACUGUGUUACUGGAUGAAGUUGCAGAAGAUAUGGGUAAAUGUCACCUUACCAAAGGCAAACAGGCUCUAGAGAUUCGAAGUAGUUUAUCUGAAAAGAGAGCACUUACUGAUCCGAUACAAGUGACAGCAUAUUCUGCAGAAUCUCUGGUGCGGAAUCUACAGUGGGCCAAGGCUCAUGAACUUCCAGAAAGUAUGUGUCUUAAAUUUCAAUGUGGGGUUCAAAUUCAAUUAGGAUUUGCGGCUGAAUUUUCUAAUGUCAUGAUAAUCUAUACAAGUAUAGUCCACAAACCACCAGAGAUAAUAAUGUGUGAUGCCUAUGUUACUGAUUUUCCACUUGACCUAGAUAUUGACCCAAAAGAUGCAAAUAAAGGGACGCCUGAAGAAACUGGCAGCUAUUUAGUAUCGAAGGAUCUUCCCAAGCAUUGCCUCUAUACUAGACUCAGUUCACUGCAAAAAUUAAAGGAACAUCUAAUCUUCACAGUAUGUUUGUCAUAUCAGUACUCAGGAUUGGAAGACACUGUAGAGGAAAAGCAGGAAGUGAACGUUGGGAAACCUCUCAUUGCUAAAUUAGACAUUCAUCGAGGUUUGGGAAGGAUGACUUGCUUUCAAACUUGUCUUAUGUCUAAUGGCCCUUACCAGAGCUCUGCAGCCACCUCAGAGGGUGCAGGGCAUUAUCAUUCAUCUCAAGACUCAUUCCAUGCUGUUUACCAUUCACAUCUUGGUAAUUCAAAUAGUGUUAUGCCAUCAGGUAGUUGUCAUUGCAGCCGGACUCCAGAUGCAUUUAUUUCAAGUUACCACACCCACCACUAUUCAUGUCAGUUUGGUAGAAGCAAUGUGCCAGUAGAGACAACUGAUGAAAUUCCAUUUGGUUUCUCUGACAGGCUCAGGAUUUCCGAAAACUGACCUCCCUGUUUUUGAAAGUGAGCAUCAUUACUAGAUGCCUGGUGUGAAAUAGUGCUUACAUAAAGUGAGGCUUUGUGAAAAGGCAAGUAUGUAUAUGUAGAGAGGGGAAAUUAGUAGCAGCUGUUUCCUAGCAAAUUCAGGACUUUCAGAUGUUGGAAUUAUGUUAUUUAACCACAGACAUCCUCUUCCUCUUUUUUCUCUUUUAAGAUUUUGUGAAUUGGUUAAUGUGUUCUAUAAGAAUGAAGUAUGGGUAUGUGUGUUUAUAUGUACGUAACAAAAAUAUUUUCAUUUUGCCAACUCUGAAGUAAGAGCAAUGGGAAUGGCAUUAUUGUAGAAUAAGUAAUUGUGUAUUUAGCACCAGAAAGAACCUUGCUGGUCAUCAGGCUUAACCUGAUUUUAUUAGUGGGAAAAACAGAUUGAGGCAUCUUGUCUAUGUUAGAACUGGCACUAGAACUGAGACCUACAGACUUCUAUUCCAGUAUUUUUUCCACUACACACUGCCUUCCUGACAGGGUCUGAGACACGUAUUAUUUUUGUAGAUAGAUUGAACUAUAUAUAUAUAGAUAUAGAUAUAGAUUAUAUAGAUAUGCAUAUCUGUAAAUUAUCUCAAGGAAUGUAGAAACUUUAGUUUGUGACUAUAGGACUUCGUUGCAAGUGUUAGUUAAGAGAUUUGCAUACAAAUCUUAUGUAGAACAGGCUGAAAUAUUCUUGUGCAUGAGGUCAUGAAACCACAUGA